UGCACCCCCUCUCCCUCCGUCACCGUUCCUCCCUCUGAGGAGAGAUUUAAGUGAUAUGUGAUGAGGUAGUUGGCGCAAUUAAGAAAGCGUGGCAUAAGCCUGGGAUUUGUAGUGUAUAUAAAGUCAGUGGUGGAUGCAGAGCUGUAGCUUCUCCUGAACAGAAUGGGCCAAACUGCCAACCUGCCCUGUAGGAGAGGAGAGUCGUAUGUUACAGAGCUGUAUGAGUGGUUCAGGAAGUUUAUGCAUGAAUGUCCCAGCGGGCAGAUCACUCUUCAUGAGUUUCAGAGGCAUUUCUGCAAUGGGACAGUGGGCAGUGAGUCAGCUGAGUAUGCAGAGCAGAUAUUCCGCACGCUGGACAAUAAUGGGGACGGGGUGGUUGAUUUCAGGGAGUACGUCAUGGCCAUCAGUUUGCUGAUCGACGGUUCAGCUGUGGAGAAACUGGGCUGGUCAUUCAAGCUUUAUGACAAAGACCGAGACGGAGCCAUAACAAAGGAGGAAAUGCUGGAGAUCAUGCAGGCAGUUAAUAAGAUGAGCGUAGCCGCUGCCCUGACCAAGCCCAACCCACUCACAGCUGAAGAAUGUACCAACAGGAUAUUUGUGAGAUUAGAUAAAGACAAUAAUGCCAUCAUCAGUCUGGAGGAGUUCAUAGAGGGAGCGCUGGAUGAUGAUUGGAUCAGAGAGAUGCUGGAAUGUGACCCGAGCACCGUGAAGGUGGAGAGGCCUGUGAGGAGCGACUCCGCUUUGGGGACCCACGGCUGACCUGUGGUGGGGUAUUCUAUUCACUCAGUGCAGAGAAAUUAUCAAACUGAAAUUUCCAAGAAUCGUUGCAGCAGCACAGCUUUUAUUUGCUGUGACAAAUGAUGUCGAUGUCAGUUGGGUAACUUCACGGAAGACACUGGGGAGCACUAGAAAAUGGACAUACAGUUAUUUUGUCACAGUAUUAAUUAUUAUUGUUUUAUUUGGCUGCAUUUUGUUGUGUUUGUUGAUAUUGUCUUUGUUUUUCUGUGCCUGAAUGCCUCUCCUUAUAAAAUAAAUAAGACCUAACAUAACACAAUGAAA